GGAAAGACAAGUACUGCUUCAUUCAGUUGAAGCCUCAACACAAUUCUUAGUUGAACCCAUCUCUUUUACAGUGAAGAGUAAAAACACGCUCGCGCGUCUUCUUCGAAUCAGAUUAUCAAAACAACCUGUUUAGGAUAAAGUGAUGGACCCAGCAGAGCGUAGGUAUUUGGAGAAUGAUGAUACUCCUUUGAUGAAAACGUUUAAGGGUGCAACAAUGGGUUUGGCUACUGGGACUAUCUGGGGAACCGCUGUUGCUACUUGGUAUGAUGUGCCUCGUGUUGAGAGAAGUGUAGCGCUUCCAGGGUUGCUGAGGACGCUGAAGAUGAUGGGUAAUUAUGGUUUGACAUUUGCUGCUAUCGGGGGAGUUUACAUCGGCGUUGAGCAGCUCGUGGAGAAUUACAGGACGAAGAGAGAUUUUGUCAAUGGAGCUGUUGGAGGUUUUGUUGCUGGGGCAUCUAUUCUUGGCUUCAAAGGAAGAAGUAUUUCAACAGCUCUUUCUGCUGGCACAGCACUUGCUGUUACUUCUGCUUUAAUUGAUGCUGGCGGUCAAACUACAAGAGUAGACACCGGCAAGGAAUAUUACCCUUACACCACAAAGAAAAGAUCCACAGUUGAUCAAUGAUUUCUCAGUUCUACCAUCAAAAAGAAGCCAAGGGCAAAUCCAUGAGACGGAGUUGGUCACUGUGUUACUCAAACUUGCUGUAUGUUUGCUUCAGAGAUGUAACCAUACUCUAAGCUCUAUUUCAUUGUUUUAACUUGUAAGUUUUUAGAGCGUGAACAGAUGUUUGGAAUAAAUAAGCUGUCAUUUUGCUCUGCUAGAUGCAGUUCUGAAUUUGAGGCCAUUUUUCAUAA